CAUUAGUUAUUUCUUUCAUCUUAGUUAGCAGCACAAGAGUUUGUUAGAAAGAGCAAGGUUGUGAAUGGUGAAUUUCUGUGAGAGGGAACAGUAUUAAUGGAUAUCAACAUCAAAAUAAAUGGAGAAAUAGAGAAGGUGAAUGGGAAGGAACUAAGUUACAGUGAAUUUGUUGAAAGAUAUAUGGAGAAGAACAAGCCAGUGGUGCUAACUGGAUUAAUGGACAAUCAUUGGAAGGCUUGCACUGAUUGGGUUAGCCCUAAUGGAAAAGCUAAUCUUCAAUUUUUCUCUACUCAUUUUGGCGACUCUAAAGUUCAGGUUGCAGACUGUGAUACUAGAGAUUUUACUGAUCAAAAAAGGGAGGAGAUGUCGGUCUCCGAUUUCGUCGGACUUUGCUUUAAAGAUGAGUGUUCUGCAGUUCAGUGCAGUAAUCAAAAUGGUGUGAGUAAUGGUGACUCUGCAUCUGUACCGUAUUUGAAGGAUUGGCAUUUUGUGAAGGAGUAUCCUGAUUACGCAGCAUACAUCACUCCAAUGUUCUUUUGUGAUGAUUGGCUCAACUUGUAUCUCGAUAAUUUCAGAAUGAAUACUUAUUCUGACAGAGACCAGCAAAAUAAGGAAAUAUGUUGCUCUGAUUAUCGUUUUGUUUACAUGGGAGUUAAAGGAUCUUGGACUCCUCUACACGCUGAUGUUUUCAGGUCGUAUAGCUGGUCAGCAAAUGUUUGUGGAAAGAAGAGAUGGUUUUUCCUAGAUCCUUCCCAGUGUCAUCUCGUGUUUGACAGGAACAUGAAGAGCUGUGUAUAUAAUAUCUUUGAUGAAGUAUCUGACUCAAAAUAUCCUAGUUUUAAAAAGGCUAUCUGGUUAGAAUGCACACAAGAAGAAGGGGAAAUCAUAUUUGUUCCCAGCGGAUGGUAUCACCAAGUUCAUAAUUUGGAGGAUACAAUAUCUAUAAACCACAAUUGGUUCAAUGCCUAUAACCUUUCUUGGGUGUGGAGUUUACUUUUAAGGGACUACAAUGAGGCCAAGGAAUACAUAGAAGACAUCAAGGAUAUAUGUGAUGAUUUUGAAGGUCUCUGCCAGCGCAAUCUUGCUGCUAACACAGGGAUGAAUUUUUAUGACUUCUUUACUUUCAUUUCAUACUUCACCUUGGCCAACUUGGUGCUGCUUUGCUACAUAAAUAGAAGAAAUGGAAGUACAACUGGAAACUCGUCAAGAGUAGCUCAGCAUGUAUCCAUGAAUAUUGGGUCCAUUAGGAAGAUUGCAUCAGAGAUGAAACACAGUGGUGGUCUAGAAGGGAAUCAUGAUUGCAUUGUGGAUAUGAUAAAAACAUUUGAAGAUCCCAGGUUUUCCAAAUUCUGCAUGCAAGUGGGAAAAACAUAUUUAUUUAUACACGGGCAAUCCUAUUUGUUCUCUGAUUUUGUGGGUGCUGCCACGGUUGAUUUGGUGGAUCUCGGUAUUUUGAAAGCACAUACUUCUUCUCAGGUUUACACACCUGAAGACCUCAUCAAGUUUAUAGACUACGCCAUUGCAAAACUGGGUGACUUUUACAGCGAAUCAUCUGUACAGCAUGUUGCUUGAUUAGCGUAUUGAAAUUCAUGUUUCACAACUGAUUUUGAUUGCACUUGAAGUUGGGACCAGUUACUGCAAUCACAAUUUUCAACUCUUACAUGUGAAAAAUGUUACCACGCAUUUGGAAUUUGCCCUUGUCUAAGUAAGCUUUCCUCGUCACACUGUCUUUAAUCAACCUCUCCUUGUUAUGCUGCAUUCUGUGCUCUAGAUAAUUUAUAAUAACAUAUCUCUAUGCUAAUGAGUUUCUUAUUUAAUGAGUUUCUUGAUUCUUCUGGUUCAUCCAGCCGUUCAGAAACCAAUUCCUCUUUUGAUCUCAACCUUUCAGUUUUGAAUGUUCCAGUUGUUGAACCUUCAUUUUCUUGCCCACAAAAUGAGUUAUACUUUUGUCUGACCAAAUGUUUUCAAGAGCAAUAGCAUAUGUCAACUUCAAGUGCAUUAGUGAGAGGGGUUUGUUGACAGUCAUGGUCAAUUCUCCUUUUGCAACAAGUGGGUCUGAAUGGUAGUUAAGUUAAUGUCUGAAGCUGGCACGCUGAGUUUUUUAUCCCAAGACUUCACCAGGACCCCUUAUAUUGCUACCAUGCACAAGUUAGUUGAUGAUUGGUUGGAUAUCUUGUUUUAUGUUCUUAUGUAAUGUAUCAACAUAAUUUUGUAUCUCAAAUAUUGGUCAAACUUCAUUAAAUUAUUGUUUUAGAUAAGGGAGGGCCACACAUUACUUCAAGAUUACACUUGUAGUGUUUUUCAAUGAAAAAAGUAUUCAAAGGUA